GGAAACUACUGAGACUCCAUGGAAACGGCAGGCUGGCGUGAUAGCUGUGGAGAAAAGCUGAUCCAUAGUUAGCUAGCUUUUCUAUGUAACUAUCCCCGUAAACUUGAGUGAACACUGAAUCCGUUUUAUUUUUACAAAGAUGAGUCGAACACCGGAUGCACGAGCGAGGGACAACCAGACAAGAAAGAUCCAGGAAAAUAUCACCAAUGUGGAAAAACAUUUUGGAGAGAUGUGCCAACUGUUUGCUGCCUACGCCCGUAAAACAGCACGGCUACGAGACAAGGCCGAUUUACUGGUUCGGGAAAUAGGCGUGUAUGCAGACACAGAAACACCAAACCUGAAAAAGGGAUUGAAGCAGUUCGCUGACCACCUUGCUAAGGUUGAGGACUACCGCCAAGCUGAGGUGGAAAGACUUGAAGCCAAAGUCAUAGAGCCGUUAAAAAGCUAUGGAGCUGUUGUGAAACGUAAAAGGGAAGAUCUGAAAGCUACUCAGAGUGCCAGAGACAGAGAGGCCAAACAGAUGGCUCAGCUUGAGAGGACUAGACAGAGAAACCCCUCCGACAGGCAGAUCAUUUCUCAGGCUGAGAGCGAGCUCCAAAGAGCCACCAUGGACGCCACACGGACCACCAGGCAGCUGGAGGAGACCAUAGACGAGUUUGAGAUGCAGAAGAUCCGGGACAUCAAGAGGAUCUUUGGAGAGUUUAUGACAGUGGAAAUGUCAUUCCAUGCAAAGGCUUUGGAAGUGUACACACUGGCCUACCAGAGCAUUCAGAGUGUAGAUGAGGAGGAGGACCUGGAGGUGUUCAGGAGCUCGCUGCAUCCCCCUGACUACCAAUCACGCUUAGACAUAGUGAGAGCUAAUUCCAAAACCUCCCUUGAUCGGACCGGGUCCUUCCUCAGUACAUCAGGGACUUUGCAGCAACAAAGAACCGGCAACCGGCAGACAAGGAGAGAGGAGGAGGAAGAGGAAGACGAGGAGGAUGAGGAGGAAUCAGAAGAGGAGGAUGAAGAAGAUGACACAGAUGAUGAAAAUUAAUUAAUAUGUGCGGAAGAAAAAAAAAGGUUUGUUCAUGUUUUACAGCCUUGUAAAAGCAGAGCUGAGUCAUUGCCAAACUCACCUGAAACCGGCACUCAGAGCAGUAUUGUAGUGAAAGUACGUUGUAGUUGUGGGAUAGAGAACGUGCUGUUCUAGACGGACAUUUGCCUUAAAAACAGUCUAGUUUUGUACAUAACAGAGUCAAAAUGCUCUUUAAGUAUUUCAUCAUUGUGCUUUUUAUUGCUUCAUGUUGCCAUCUUUUAUGAAUAAAUCCCUUUUCUUAU